AUUUUUUUCUUUGCUUUUUGAAAUAACGUCUCGACAGCGCCACAGCGCUGGGCCGCCAGUCCUGAGACUUCUAGGCGCAGGUAGGGCGCCGCCACCGGGUCGCAGGGGCGGGAGCAAGGGGAGCCGGCGACUGGGAGGAAAGUCCGGAGAGGAGAGGGGGGGCUCCGGGGAGGGGCGUAGGCGGUCCUUGGUGCUGGGCCGCGCGCCGGCGCCGUAUGCUCACGGGGCGGUCCCGGAGGCGGCGGGUUGUGGUUCCGGUUCCGCCACGGAGACACGUGAAGGUCGGUGAGUUGGUGCGGAGUUCGUCUCGGCACGCGUGGCCGCGCUGGGAUGGAUUCCUCCUCGUCUUCCUCCGCGGCGGGUUUGGGCUCAGUGGACCCGCAGCUGCAGCAUUUCAUCGAGGUGGAGACUCAGAAACAGCGCUUCCAGCAGCUGGUGCACCAGAUGACGGAACUUUGUUGGGAAAAGUGCAUGGACAAGCCUGGGCCAAAGUUGGACAAUCGGGCUGAGGCCUGUUUUGUGAACUGCGUUGAGCGCUUCAUUGAUACAAGCCAGUUCAUCUUGAAUCGACUGGAACAGACCCAGAAAUCCAAGCCAGUCUUCUCAGAAAGCCUUUCUGACUGAUCUCAGCAUUACCUCUUUGGAAAAAGGAAGGUAGUUCAAGAAAUGAAGAGCGGUUGAUGGGAUGGUUGAAGAAAAGGCUAUGGGGGGAUUGGCUCCCACCUUGUCACUCUUGGGACAUCCUGUCUUCUGAGAAAGAACAAAGACCAAUUUUUGUGUGUGUGGGGUUUGAGGGUCAAAUGUGUUUGGGAUUGUGUUUUUUAAUGCUAAUCUUGUGAAAACAAUUGACAGAUGAAUGGAAAACUCUACUAGAUGCAUAUUACUGUGUGAGGGACGAUGCUUUUCUCAUAGCCCCAUUAAUUCACUGCUUCCUAUAAUUUUGAUAGUGGAACCACAUAGGUAAAGAUCUGUUAUUUGUGUGGAUUCAUUGAAGAUUUCUGGGGAGAUUGAUACAUAUUUUUGUAUCUCUCAGAAAGGACAGCAGUGGGGAAAGAGUAAUUUGGUACUUAACUGUAGGCCUCCUUAUCUAGUGUUGGACUAUCAGUGCUGGGGAAAAAAAUGUAUGGAAUACAGUACAUUUCAGCUUUUUAGAUUAUCUCCCUCUCUUAUAUUGUGAUUCACUUAAGUAUCUCUAUAAAGUACAGUCUCAAGCUAGUACAGGUAGCCUGAGAGUCUAGAGGCCUUUAAGGUUAAAGGAAUGUAGCCAGUAAACAUACUUGUCAUACUAAACUGCCGCAAGGAAGAAGUUAACUUACCCUGUAUAUCAGGGUUCAAAAAAAUUCAAAGAUGUGCCUAAAUGAAAAAAAAAUACGUUAUAAAAAUUUAGGCCAGUCAAAAACUAAUACAAUUUCAGGUAGAGGUGCAUGCGUAAUGUAAAUCAGUAUAGUUUCCAUUUACUGCGUUCUUUUAAUCACCGAAAUAAAAGCUUCUACAAGAUUGAA